AUGAUCUCCUUCUCGGACGAGUCCAAUCUCAGCAUCUUCUUCUGUUUUUACAUCAUCAUCUCCAUCGUCACCAUCAACUUUUAUCGUAUUCUGAAGGGCAAGGGAAAGGUGAAAAGAGAGGAAUUUUCGUUGUUUUCACUCAUUCGUUACCUGUUUGCAGGUCGAAGAACUCUAUGCGUAUCCGUGUGUUCCGGCGCUCAUGUGGCUCCACUUCGUCGGCCUCGCCCUUCCGAUCGUCAACAUCAUCCUCAUCGGCCUCUUCAGCAUCAUCAGCUCCGACCUGUCCGCCCAUCCGAUCGUCUACACACCCACCGCGCUCUCGCUUCUCUACCAUGACACAAUGGCCGACUGGAUGGUGCCACUCAUUCUGUUCUACGCCUUCACUCUCUCCUACGAUUUGCCCGACUUCUUCCACUUUCGCUACAUCAAAAUCCCCAGGUACGUGCGUGUGCUCCGUGAUAAACAAAAUGACGUGAGGGCUUCAUAGUAGCCUCCUACGGGCUAUCUUCCGCUCUCCGCUCUUGGUACGAUUGUUAUUCAGGGACACUCUGAUUUGGACAUCAAUGCUCACUUACGGGUGUCUCUUCAAUUCUUUCAAUCCCUGGGGUAACGCGCGUGUCUAGACUGACGAUCUCUUCUUUCCGCACUUUCAGACAUCAUCACCAUUCGUCGCAUUCAUCACGAGAACGGACACAUCUCAACGGUAGCCAGCAGUUCUCUUGAGGCGCCUUCCAGAAUCGUUUACUUUUCCAGUCGUUCAACUUUGUCGACGCGUUCCUCGUGGCCGUCUCCAUCAUUCUCAUCGGUCUCCAUGGCUACCGCAUGUCGUGGGGAAAUGCUUUUCGGGACAACAGAUUCCAUCUCACUCUUCUUUUCGUCGGCAUAAAACUGGUGAUUAUGGGAAAAAUGGGAGGAGUACUCGUGACUUCCAGCACAAAUAAUACUUUGGGACAUGCUGGAGCCUCGAAUAAAAUCCCCCGGUUUUCCAGGCCUUCCUACUGACCGGCGCCUGCUUCCUCCCGUCUAUUCCGGACCACAGCGCCCUGUUCGACUCUUCCGAGCCAACCGCCCACGCAUACUCGCUCGACAAUCUCAAACUGUACGAAUCGGUCGUUCAGGGUGCCAUUCCUCUCCACUAUCUCGCCUGGAAACAUCUCUUUUUCAAGAACAUCUAA